AUGACACAACCAGCAGGAUAUUGGGGUCCUGUCACUAGUUCAGUUGAUUGGUGCGAAGAAAACUAUACACAUUCAUAUUACAUUGCUGAAUUUUGGAAUACGAUUUCAAGUUUAGCGAUGGUUGCAUUAGGAUUUCUUGGUGUAGCGCUCCACCACAGAUCACUUGGAUGGAGACUAUCUGCUAGCUAUCUCUUGAUCGUUGUGGUAGGCAUUGGAAGUGUCUUAUUUCAUGCCACUCUCCAGUUUGAACAUCAAAUGUGGGAUGAAGUCCCAAUGGUAUGGUGCGCAUGUCAGCUCUUGUGGGUCUUGCUAGACGAACACGGCUACAAAGGAAUUGGAUACACAGUGUGCAUCUCAAUCUAUUGCGCAUUCGCAACCUACGUUACCAGUAUGAACAAGGGCACAACUCAAUUCUUUAUGUUUCAGACCUCGUUUGGUUUAGUAAUGUGGACCGAUCUUUAUUUUGUGUAUCAACUGUAUAAGAAUGUCAGGAAUGAGCAGGUUACUAGAUUAUUUCAUCAGGGCUGCAAGUUCUUAGCAUUGGCCCUUGGCGUGUGGCUGUUUGACUCCAAUUUUUGCUUUGUAUUCGAUCAUGUUCCUAAUCCACAAUUUCACGCAUGGUGGCAUGUAUUGAUGUGCACUAGUCUUCACUAUUUCUUUGUAGCAUGUGGCCAUGAAUCAGUCGUUCGCACCGGUGAGCAAGCAGAAAUCAGAUAUUUCUUAAAUAUGAUUCCCUACGUUUAUAAAAUGAGACAAAAGAAGCACAACGAAUAA